GUUCCGAAGCUCUUCCGGAGUGGCCCGAGGAGUAGCGAGGCUUCUCCGGAGGUGCCCGAAGCCGGGCCGAAGGGUCCCGAAGCUCUUCCGGAGUGGCCCGAAGCGGCGCCGAGGAGUCCCGAAGCUUCUCCGGAGGUGCCCGAACCCCUUCCGAAAGAUUCCGAGGUCUCUCCGGAAGUACCCGAGGCCGCGCCGAGCUUGUUCCGAAGCCGCCCGAACCGUUCCGGAGGCGCCCGAGCGGGUCGUGCCGGUGCGGAGGCGGCGGGAGCGGGAGGCGAUGAAGCGCGGCCGGGGCCGGGCCCGGGGGUAGCGCGGCCGAACGAGCGGCCAUGGCGGCCAACAUGUACCGUGUCGGCGAUUAUGUCUACUUCGAGAACUCCUCGAGCAACCCCUACCUCGUCCGCCGCAUCGAGGAGCUCAACAAAACGGCCAACGGCAACGUGGAGGCCAAGGUGGUCUGCCUCUUCCGCCGGCGGGAUAUUUCCAGCAGCCUCAACAGCUUGGCCGACAGCAAUGCACGCGAGUUUGAGGAGGAAUCCAAGCAGCCCACCAUGACGGAGCAACAGCGUCACCAGCUGAAGCACCGCGAGCUUUUCCUCUCCCGGCAGUUCGAAUCGUUGCCGGCCACCCACAUACGGGGGAAGUGCAGCGUGACGCUCCUCAAUGAAACCGAUAUCUUGGGCCAGUACCUGGAGAAGGAGGAUUGCUUCUUUUACUCGCUGGUGUUCGACCCGGUCCAGAAAACCCUCCUGGCCGACCAGGGCGAGAUCCGGGUGGGCUGCAAAUAUCAGGCAGAAAUCCCAGACCGGCUGGCUGAAGGCGAGUCGGACAACCGAAACCAGCAGAAGAUGGAGAUGAAAGUGUGGGACCCCGACAACCCCCUGACGGACCGGCAAAUCGACCAGUUCCUGGUGGUGGCACGAGCCGUCGGGACCUUCGCGCGCGCCCUGGACUGCAGCAGCUCCAUCCGACAGCCCAGCCUGCACAUGAGCGCCGCCGCCGCCUCCCGGGACAUCACGCUGUUCCACGCCAUGGACACGCUGCAGCGCAACGGCUACGAUUUGGCCAAGGCCAUGUCGACGCUGGUGCCGCAGGGAGGGCCGGUGCUGUGCCGCGACGAGAUGGAGGAGUGGUCGGCCUCCGAGGCCAUGCUCUUCGAGGAGGCGCUGGAGAAAUACGGGAAGGACUUCAAUGAUAUCCGGCAGGAUUUUCUGCCCUGGAAGUCUUUGGCCAGCAUCGUGCAGUUUUAUUACAUGUGGAAGACCACCGACCGCUACAUCCAGCAGAAGAGGCUGAAAGCAGCGGAGGCGGACAGCAAGCUGAAGCAAGUCUACAUCCCCACCUACACGAAGCCAAACCCCAACCAGAUCAUCUCGGUGGGCUCCAAACCCGGCAUGAACGGGGCCGGCUUCCAGAAGGGGUUGACCUGCGAGAGCUGCCACACCACCCAGUCUGCCCAGUGGUACGCCUGGGGCCCCCCCAACAUGCAGUGCCGCCUCUGCGCCUCGUGCUGGAUCUACUGGAAGAAGUACGGGGGGCUGAAGACCCCCACCCAGCUGGAGGGGGCCGCCCGCAGCGCCUCGGAGCCGCACUCUCGGGGCCACCUCUCGCGCCCCGAGGCGCAGAGCCUCUCUCCCUACACCACCAGCGCCAGCCGGGCCAAGCUGCUGGCCAAGAACCGGCAGACGUUCCUGCUGCAGACCACCCGCCUCACCCGCCUGGCGCGCCGCCUCUGCCGCGACGUCCUGCAGCCGCGCCGCGCCGCCCGCCGCCCCUACGCCCCCAUCAACGCCAACGCCAUCAAGGCCGAGUGCUCCAUCCGCUUGCCCAAGGCCGCCAAGGCCCCCCUCAAGGUUCACCCGCUGGCCCGGCUGCCCCUCGCCGCCAUCGUCAAGGAGCUGGCGGCACAGGCCCCCCUGAAGCCGAAGACGCCACGGGGCACCAAGACCCCCAUCAACCGCAACCAGCUGAGCCAGAGCCGGGGGCUGGCAGGGCUGGUGGGCAAGAGGGGCUACGAGGGGGCGGGCGAGGGCCACCGCCCCCCCCGGGUACGGGUACGGGCCGCUGGGGGGCUGCGAGGGGGCGGCGAGGGCCACCACCCCCGGGUGGGGGGCUCGGGCCUCCCGUUCUCGGCCAACGGGCGCCCCCUGGCGGCGGGGCUGCGCGCCGGGCCCCCCCCCGCCAGCAAGCGCCAGAAGCUGAACCCCGCCGACGCCCCCAACCCCGUCGUCUUCGUGGCCACCAAGGACACCAGGGCGCUGCGGAAGGCGCUGACGCACGUGGAGCUCCGCCGUGCUGCCCGUCGCCCCAACCUGCCCCUCAAGGUGAAGCCGGGGAUGCCCCUGCGGCCUGGGGGGGGGUCCCUGGCGCCCCCUGCCCCCCCUCACCCCGCCAGCACCUCGGAGCCCAUCGUCCUCGAGGACUGACCCCCCUCCCCCCCACCGCCGGGCCGGGCCCCUUUUGUAUUUUUUUUAUUUCCAUAGAAAUGGCGAGGGGAUGGGGGGGGUGGGGGAGGGGGUCCUGGUGCCGGUCUGGAGCCCCUCCCCCCCUGCGCUGCCCCCCGACCCCCCGCGGGCCCCUUUUGUACGUGGAGCAACGCCCCCGGUUUUGUAUCUCGGGUUGUCCCGGUUCUGUAGCGACAGGAAAUAAAACUGAUGAUUUUUUCUUCA